GACGUACUGUCAGAGACAGAAGAGGAAAAGAGACACCCCACUCGCUGUAUUUUCCUGGUUCAAUUAAUGUCAAUGAACUAAGUAGACCCGAACAGGCCCAGCUGCAAUCGCAUUGGAGUCUGAGAGACGCACCCAGUUAAGUAGACCGGAACUGACCAUUUGUUUCAAUGGUAAACGGCUUGUGUGAACUAUCUUCAUUUAUCCACCAUCUUUGUUACUGUCUGCUGCUCUUCCAUCGGAAAAGAUGGCUGCCUCGGCAGCAUCGGAGGGUUCUACCCCCGGUUUUUGCCCAAGCUACGCCGUGAUAUGCUCUUUUCUAGAGCGGUAUGGAACCUUGCUUGAUUUACCGGAGCUUACAUUUCCACAGUUGGAGCGAUAUCUCCAAGACACAAUCUCAGUUCCAAAGAUCUUGGUGGACCUUCACGUGAAGUUGUUGAGGAAGAUUGGCAAGUCAGUGUCCGCAGACAGAUGGGAGAAGUACCUUGUGAAGGUGUGCCAUGAGUUCAACAGUACUUGGGCAUGGGAGCUUGAAAAUAAAGGAUACAGGGACAUGUCUGUGGAGUACAAGACUGGAAUCCUCAAACAUUUGUGUGAAUGCCAGUUUGAUGACAAUGUAAAGUUCAAGACAGCAAUCAAUGAGGAGGAUCCUGAUAAGAUGCGGCUUCUCCCCAUUGGCAAGGACAAAGAUGGCCUGAUGUACUGGUUCCAACUUGACCAGGACAAGAAUGUGAGGGUCUAUGUGGAGGAGCAGGACGACCUGGACGGGUCUUCCUGGAAGUGCAUUGUCAGAGACAGAAACAGCUUGGCUGAGAUCCUGGCACUGCUAAAGACUCAAAUCGACCCAGCACUGUUGACAAAGAAAGAAGGAGAGGAGGAAGAUGAGGCGAAAAAUAAUACUGGGGGAGAAGGGGAAGUUAAAAAGACAGAGGAUACCUCAGAGGAUGAAGAGGACAAACCCUCCAAGGGAACAACUUCCUUAGUCUCUCCAAAAACCGAGAUUACAGAAAAAGAGGAAUCACAGCUAGAUGAAUCAGAAGCCAAAUCCUCAUUGAAUGGCCUCAAAGAUGAGUCAGAGUCAAAAAGCCAAUCAGAGGAGCCUAUGGUGGAUGACAAGGUCACCAUAAACACCCGGGCCAUCAAAGAAGAGCCAAUGGAGGUGUCAGAAUCCAAGGAGAGCACAGCCACAAAUGCUACAGAGCCUCUUGCAGAGAAACCUUGUCUGAUGCCACAAACAGAACAGACAGAUGAAGCCAAGAGGAAGACUGCAAAUGAACUCCAAAGGGCCAUGAAGAAUGACCAGCAGGCCAAAAUCCCAUUGAAAAAGAGAGAGAUGAAACUUUGUGAAAAUGUUGAUAAUAAUAGUGGCGGUGGCAGCAGUAUCUUUGUGCGAAACCCAUCCGUUGCUCUUGUCAAAGAAGCUCCUGAAGUUGAGGAGACAAGUAAAGAGAUAUCUGAUGCCCCGGUGGGGACGAUAGAGUGUAUAAGUGAUCAAAUGAAUGGUGAUGCUCAGCCUACAACAGAAAAAAGCAUCAAUAAUGGUUUAAGAGACUCUGUUGAUGGCAAAAAACAGCAAACAAAAGCUGCUGCUGGGGAAGAACGUGAAGCAGCAGAAGCUAGUGCAAAAGAGAAAAUAAACCUGGAUAAGGAGAAAGAGGAGAUGGCAAGCAACACUGAGGUGGCCAUGGCCAAUGAAACAAGUCUACAGAAAAUGGUUCCAGCAGAAAAGGAAAGCACUGAAGAUUCAGAGGAAGUAAAAAAAUCAGCCUUAAAAGAGGCUAAAUCUCCAUCCCCUCUAAUGUCAAAGCCAUUGACUUCAUCUAAGGAUGCAACAAGCCCACCGGAGAAGCACUAUGAUUGUAAAGAGGAACAAAAUAUCAAGGUAUCCAAGUGGGAUGUAAAAGUGUGUCGUACAGAACACACAACCUAUACAUCAAUAGAAACCGAUGAAAACCCUUUGUCUAGUAAGUCACAGAAACCAGAUGAAACUAAAGGAACAGAUUCAUCCAUUACCUCUCAAGAGGUCAAGUCAGCUGUCUCUAAGGAAACAGACAAAACAGUUGUCAAUAAGGACGGUUAUCCCCUUUCUGUCGUGAAAGAUAUGGAAAAACCACCCUGCACAAAAGGUACAGAAAAGUGGUCAAACCCUAAAAACCCAGAAACGUCAGUCAUUACUAAACAAACCGGGAGACCUGACCCAAUUACAGAGAAACCAGACCACUCUAAAUGCAUAAAGAUGCCAACAGUCGUAAAAAAUACAGAGAAACCACCUGACAAAGAGGGUGUAGAGAAAUGUGAUGUUUCUAAAGAUAUCAAAACUUCUGUAAUUAAAAAGACAGAGAUUUCAGAAAAGAGUAAAGAUGCUGAGAACCUGGCCAUCUCUCAAGAGACCAAUACGUCCUCAUUCCUUAAAAAGGCAGACAAACCAGUUUCCAAUAAAGAAGCAGAGAAACUGGAGAGCAUUAAAGAGACUGAUAAAUCGUUGGUCAUUAAAAUGACAGUGAAACCAGAGGCAUCUAAACAUACAGAGAAAUGUGAUAACCCUAAAGACAAUAAAAUGUCAGCUGUCACCAAGGAGAAACCUGCUGUAGGCACAGAUGCAAAGGCUGCCACUGAGGUGAAGAAAAAAGCUGUCCUGGAGGAAGUUUUCUCAGCGUCGAUCUGUAAAGAUGAAAUGAGUACUGUUGCUAAAGCGACUAAGACACAAUCUGGACCAAAAGACAUGGAGAUGGCAGACGUCUCUGAGAAAACAACCCAAUCACAACUGGGUGAACCCAAAAAGGUAGAGAAAUCGGCUACCCCUAAAGAUAUUGGGAAAUCGGUUACCCCUAAAGAUAUUGGGAAAUCGGUUACCCCUAAAGAUGCAGAGAAAUGUGCUACCCCUAAAGACACAGAGAAAUCUACUAAAUUGGUUACCCCUAAAGAAGGUGGGAAAUUGGCUACCCCAAAAGACACAGAGAAAUCAGCAAUGCCUAAAGAUACAGUGAAAUAUGCUAAAUCGGCAGCACUUAAAGAAGCAGAGAAAUUGGCUACCUCUAAAGAUGCAGAGAAGUCUGCUAAAUCAGCUACACCUACCCCUAAAGAUGCAGAGAAGUCUGUUAAAUCAGCUACACCUACCCCUAAAGAUGCAGAGAAGUCUGCUAAAUCAGCUACACCUACCCCUAAAGAUGCAGAGAAGUCUGCUAAAUCAGCUACACCUACCCCUAAAGAUGCAGAGAAGUCUGCUAAAUCAGCUACACCUACCCCUAAAGAUGCAGAGAAGUCUGUUAAAUCAGCUACACCUACCCCUAAAGAUGCAGAGAAGUCUGCUAAAUCAGCUACACCUACCCCUAAAGAUGCAGAGAAGUCUGCUAAAUCAGCUACACCUACCCCUAAAGAUGCAGAGAAGUCUGCUAAAUCAGCUACACCUACCCCUAAAGAUGCAGAGAAGUCUGCUAAAUCUGCUACACCUACCCCUAAAGAUGCAGAGAAGUCUGUUAAAUCAGCUACACCUACCCCUAAAGAUGCAGAGAAGUCUGUUAAAUCAGCUACACCUACCCCUAAAGAUGCAGAGAAGUCUGCUAAAUCAGCUACACCUACCCCUAAAGAUGCAGAGAAGUCUGCUAAAUCCGCUACACCUACCCCUAAAGAUGCAGAGAAGUCUGCUAAAUCCGCUACACCUACCCCUAAAGAUGUAGAGAAGUCUGCUAAAUCUGCUACACCUACCCCUAAAGUCGCUGAGAAAUCGGCUAAAAACACAGAGACUACCUCUAAAAAGAUUGUUCUAUCUUCUAGGGGACAGAAACCAGACACUGAAGAAACUGAGAAACUGACAGACACAAAGCCAGUUGCAGAAAAAGGAGAGAAACUUGUCACCUUUCAGGACGCCAAGCAAUUACCCUCUCUCAAAAAGUCUGUCCCAGUGGAGGUGAAACAGGAGGAGCCUAUGGAAAUGCGUUCGGAAAAGUCAACACAUGACAACAUAAAGAUCAAGGGACAUGCUGAAAAAGGCUGGCCAAAAAAGGCUGUUAAAAGUGGAGUGAAGUCUGAGACCAACCCUAUCAAAGACCCAAAGCCCAUGAACUGUGAUGCAUCAUCAGAAAAACAGGCUAUUAGUAAGAAGGCAUCAUCUCUCACUGAGGGUGAGACGGACAAAAGCCAGGACAAAGUAAUCAAGGAAGAUGCCACAACACAGGGAUGCCCCCCAAAAGAGGAUGGGAGUAAGCCUGAUCAUCCUAAGAAAAAUGACAAAAAGGAGGAUGAUGGAACUGAGAAAGAUGACACAAAUUCAACGGUAGAAGAGAAAUUGGGUCAGGCAAAAGCAAGUGAGGGGUCUGAGGAAGAUGAUAACAAAGAGGAUGAGGACAAGGGUGAAAAAAAGGAUGCGGGAACAACAUCAGAGAUCCAAGAGGAGGGAAUUCGCCUGAAAAUACGCGGGAUUACCCACCGGAGGAGAGCUGAGCUCCAGAGAAAGGAGAUGGAGUCUGGGUCAGAUACUGGUGAGACUGGGAGAUCCCUGAGGAGGUCACCCAGGAUCUGCAGGCCGACCGCUAAGGGGGUGGAGUUCCAGGACAGGAGGAUGGAGAAGAAAGAGGCCACACCCCCUGUAGAGAAGGGUGAUGAGGAGAAAACUGUUCAGAGGAAACCGAGAGAGAAGGUUGAUCAAGAUGGACUGUACAAAUCUAAGGGGCGACGGAGGAGAAAGACCCGGUGGUCCAACACUCGAACACAAAGGCGCAAAAAUAAUGAUUCUGGUGAAGACGACGAAAGUGAGUCGAGCGAAGAGGAGAGUGAGGAGGACAACAGUGAUGAGAGCUUUAAGGUGGAGAGGGGCAAGAGGAGGAAGAGGAACAGAGAGAGGCACAGCGACGAUUCUGACACCUCGGAUGAUGACCUCCCUCCUAACGAUGACCCCUGUAAACACUGCGGCCUCCCCAACCAUCCUGAGCUGAUUUUGCUGUGUGACUCGUGCGAUAGCGGCUACCAUACGGCCUGCCUCAGACCCCCUCUCAUGAUCAUCCCAGACGGGGAGUGGUUCUGCCCACCCUGCCAACAUAAGCUGCUCUGUGACAAGCUUGAGGAGCAGCUUACUAAUCUCGACGCUUCCCUGAAAAAGAGGGAGCGCGCCGAGCGACGAAAAGAGCGGUUGGUCUAUGUUGGAAUCAGUGUUGAAAACAUCAUCACUCCCUCGUUGGAGGUAGAGGAAGAAAGGGAGGAAGAGGUGGUGAAGAAGGAGAAGAAAGAGCGAACCAAGAGCUGGGGUCGAAGGUCCACAAGGGCAAAGAAAAGCAUAAGCUACAGGUUUGAUGAAUUUGAUGAGGCUAUUGAGGAGGCAAUUGAAGAAGACAUCAGAGAGGCUGAUGGUGGAGGAGCUGGUCGAGGCAAGGACAUGGCCAACAUCACAGGCCAUAGCAGAGGGAAGGACAUGUCCACUAUCCUGGCAGCAGGAGAGGGUGGCGAGGGCAAGGAGAAUGGGUGCCUACCGCGGCCCAACGCCAGCCAGCGCAGGAAGAAGCGCCGGCGUCUCAACGACCUGGACAGCGACAGCACUAUGGAGGAGGAAGAGAGCGAGGACGAGUUCCGUCUCAGUGACAGUACGGAGGAAGAGGAGUUUGUGGCGUCGGGGAAGAGCGAUGCAGAGAGCGAAGUGGCGGUCGACUCCAAUGACGACAGCGACUUCGGCAGCACACAACGCAGAUCCGCCAGGACUAGGAGGCCAGCCAAACGUCAGAGGAGUGCUCAGCCGCGACGGCGCCGCACACCACGACGGUACUCAGACGAUGAAGAGGAGACGAGUGAGGAAGAAAUGGUGUCGGAGGGCUCCAGCGAGUUCAGCGAUAGCGACCUGGACUGUAGCCGACGCCGAUCCCGCCGGAGUCAGACGACGAAGCAGGUCAACUACUGCGAGUCGUCCGGAGACUCUGACGGCUCCAAGGCCAACACAAACCGUGACAAAGUCAAACCGUGGCGGCGCCUCGCCAGUUCUGACAGCGAAGCAAGCUCCUCCAGAGGCUCAGAUGACAGCGAGAGGGAGAGGACUAGGUUAAAGAGGAGGGCCGACUCGUCCGAAAAAGAGUCCCAGCAGCACCGCAGACGACUUUCGCUGAAACGGCGGCGAGCCUCUGAGGAGGACGAUGACGACCACGAUUCCGAUGAAUCAUCGGAGGGAGAACGUCCUGUCCGCAAGCGUGUGAACCGCAUCGACUCGGACGACUCUGACAAGGAGGAGGAGAAGGAGACGAAAGAAACCAGGGAAGAGGAGGAAGGGGGAGUGCUGGGGAAGGGAGCCAGCCCGUUGGACUACGGCCUGGUGGAGCUGCAUCCCCCCACCAACGGACAGAGUCCCAUCAAGGCCCUAGACGGCCUGGCUCACAUUGGGCCCCAAAAACCUGGGGCCACAGCUGUCGCCAUAGCGCCCAAUGGACUGGAGUUGGCACCACAGGAUGAUGAUGAGGAUGACCUGCUGGGGGUCACAGACCUGGUGGACUUUGUCUGCAACAGUGAUAUGUUGUAAAAACCCAAGUUGUACGUUUGUUCUUUUCUGUAGUAUUUUUUAAAAUGUUUGUCCUGUCCUUAUUAUAAAACUGUUUUAUUCAUCCUCCUUGUCCCCCCCAUUAGUAUGACCCCAUCCACCCGUAUGAACUGGACGUCUUACGGGGGGAAAGUUUAUUGUCUUCACACCUUUCGCAGUGUGAUUGUAGAGUCAUUGAGAGCACUAACUCCGAAGGUUGUUAAGUGGCACGUUACUUUGCAUUGUCUUAUCCUCUGUACUCGGUCACUGAUGGACAUGUGGGUCAGAUACUUGACCGUAAAUGACACACAAAUCAACCUACCUGUUUCUCCAGCCAACUUCCAGGGUUGUCUACUCAGGGGUCCAUCCACUACCCCCACAUACAAAGAGUCCAUCUCCCAAAUUCUUGGUUGUGUUCAUUAGGCCCCAAACGGCAGAAAACCGACAGACCGAGAAGGACUACCUUGCCUUGUCCAUUUAAGAAACGCUGAUUUUCUGUUGUAUGACCUAAUGAACAUGACCCAUGACUUCCUGUUCUGAGAGGCACCUCUCAGUAUUCCUGCCUGGCAAAGAGGACAUUUUAUUGUAUGACAUUAAUUGUUUGUUGGUAGGAUGUAGAUGUGUAUUGUUGUUCAACAUUUGUAUGAGAAUAGAUGUCAGGGGUCAAACUGCAUUCCAUUUACGACUUAAAUUAACAUAGUUUUGUGGAUCAACUGCUGGAAACCAAUCGUUGUUUUUAUCCCCCUGCUCUUUACCCCAAACUUUAAAUAUGAAUGUCUUUCACUUUUUUGAUAUUUGAAUUCCACAUUUUAAUCCUCUUACAUCGAUCAAACUAUUUAUUAUUUGUUUUGAUGUGUUCAAUUCUAUUAGUCAUUUGUUUGAUAAGCUAAACCAUUACACAGGUUUCCAACUUUCUUUUAUAGACCAUUUAAAACAAGCACUGGAUGAAAAAGCAUGAGCAUAACAGUUUAAGUCAUAAUUCCCAUAGGAAAACAUGACACAGAACCAUCGUCAUCAUCAUGCUAGAAACAGCUUUUUUUAACUGACAGACUGGGAGACCAGACCCACAACCGAUCCCAUACUUUCUAGAAAAUACAAUCUCCAAAAGAGUGUUUCUCAUGGAUUUGGUUAAUUGUUUUUACCCAAAGUAUUGAAAUGUUGUACUGCAGCCUAUAUCCUGUUUUUAUUUUUAUCAAAUGUUCCCAUCAAGUGGUAUUUUUAACCAUUUUUAAUUAUUGUUACAAACACUAUUAAGGCAGCUAGCUCCUCAGUGCAUCACGCCAAAUUACAGGUGUCAUUUAAUCAACAUUAAAAUGUGUUAACUACCACCACAUUGACAAGACUUUCCUUUAAAUGGAGGUUUGAGUGUAUUUAAUGUCACCAACUAGAGUAGACCAACCCUGAUCGUCUCACCUCUGUGUGCAUAUGUUUCUAAAAACCCUAGUUUAGUUUUUGUGUACGUAUAAAUAUAAUUUGUGUGCUGCCAACACUAUCAAUGGAUUAAAUGCCCAUGUUUUAGACUUUUUUUAUAUGCUAAUAUUCAAAGGGAUUUGUUAUGUACAGAAUUUUCUGCCAACUUUCUCUGUUCCUCUCAAUAACCAUGUCAGCAUUUUAACCAUUAUUUUACGUACGUUGUGUUUUUAUAAUGUAUAUCAAAUCAUCCACUUAUUGUUUUCCUCCUUAGCAAACCAAGUGGCAUACUGUUUCCUAUGUACCUUCUUGUCGAUACUGUAUGUAGGUUCAAAACCUUGAAGUAAAGGUACUUACUGAGUAUACACCUAACUACCUGUCGUUGUUCAUCGACUAUUUUUUUAUAUAUUUUUUUAAAUGUCCCCUGGUCUUUUCGGAACCCUCUGCCACCACCAGUGUUGAUUGUAGAGAACACUACCCUCGCUCUAGUCUUCCCUCUACAUCUUACUGCAUCAACUGGAGACUAAAUAAACGUCUUCGAUCUCAAAAAGCCUAUCCUUUGUCUGUUCUCAAAUAUGAGCUCAUUUUGGUUUUAGGGUUCCAUUUUGAGGUCCGGUUAAAUCACUGCCUUUCUGGGCCUAUGUUCAAGCAGUUUCUCAGAGUAGGACUGCUGUCCAUAUUAUUCAUAAUGAUCUAAAAUGCAACUGAUCCUAUAUCGGCACUCCUACUCUGAGACUGAAUACAGGCUCUGGCCUUGAAUCAAAAGAAGAUUAUGGAUAAACGGCAGGCUGGAUAAAUCUUUGUUAGGGAAUGAAAUACCAGAAUGCAACUUGUUUGGGGAAAUGGUUCAGACCAUAAAUUGACCUCUAAUGUUAGUGUGUAUAUCUAGUUUUUGCUGUAAUGUAUAUUUAGAGGCAUUUUCUUUUAUCAUGGAAAUAAAUAUAUUUGGCAAUUA